UUAAACGAAAAUAAGGUUUUUAUCGGUCGGAAUGUUAGUGACGAACCCGGUGCAUGUCCCUGUGUGUUGUCUGCGGCGCGCGCAUCCUCUUUCCUCACGCUUCAGCCAGAAAGCACGCGCGAUGCCUGUUGAGGAAUGACCCGAGCCAGAAAUGUCUCACACGCCUCUCUGUUAUUGUUUUUCUUGUUUAUUUUGAUGGCAUGACGGACGCAACAUUGUGUAGAGUAUCAAAAAUGGCAAACUGACUGAACUACCAGUCUGUCGCCUUGUUAGACGGCGAGGGAAACCAAACCUAAGCUGUUAGACUCCAAAUCACGUCAAGCGCGAACAGACACAGAGCGCUGACACUUCUUUUGAAGAGCAUUCUCUGAUCAUCCUCCAUGAUGCGGUUGUGGAUCAGCAUCACAGACAGACAGCACUGCAUUGCUGUUAUGAAGCAAGCUGUGUUUUAUGAUGUCGAAGAAUGGAAAUCAUAGAAGGAGAAGGAAGCCGACUGGAUUAAAGUUGCUCCUGUUUUCUUCAGCAUCACGAUGGUCUGCAACAUCAGUUCAGGAUGUGGGCUACCAGAACAUCACACACUCAGAUAUGUAACAAAUGUCACUGGGCUUCAGGAAACUACAAACUCCACUUUACCCAUCAGCCUGAAGGUAGUGCUGUCUGUUAUAAUGGUGGUCAUCAUCGGCAUCGGUUUUCUUGGAAAUGCCAUCGUCUGCCUCAUAGUUUAUCAAAAGCCGGCGAUGCGUUCUGCCAUCAAUCUCUUACUGGCCACACUGGCUUUCAGUGACAUCAUGCUGUCACUCUUCUGCAUGCCCGUGACUGCUGUAACCGUGGUGUCCGACGAUUGGCGUUUCGGACUGGACUUUUGCCGUAUCACGCUCGUGCUCUAUUGGCUGUUUGUUUUGGAAGGCGUGUCCAUUCUUCUGAUCAUCAGCGUGGACCGUUUUCUCAUCAUCGUGCAGCGGCAAGACAAGCUGACCCCAAGUCGUGCACGCCUGCUCAUCUCCGCUUCCUGGUUGCUCUCCUUCUGCUUGGCGUUGCCAGCUGCUGGCAGCGUACCAACUCUUAAAGCUUCACGCUGCGUUUUAGGCUACAUCGAGUCUCCUAACCGUGGCUACACACUGCUGCUGGUCAACGCUGUCUUUUUCGUGCCUGUGAGCGUCAUGCUGGUUUCCUAUUUGCGCAUCCUAAACACAGUGCGCCGCAACGCCUUGCGUGUCCACAACCACACCUUUCCCAGUCCUGAACACGGAGGAAAAGUGAGUUUGCCGGUCAUGAGGCGCCCCCCGCAGCUCAGCGUGGACGUCAGCUUUAAGACGCGAGCCUUCACCACGAUCCUUAUUCUUUUUGUUGGCUUUUCCGUGUGCUGGCUUCCUCACACGGCACUCGGCCUCUUGGCUGCUUUCAAUCAGAAGUUCUACACGAGUAACGAGUUUUACGCAGCGAGUGUUGGGGCUCUGUGGCUCAGUUACAUGAAGGCUGUGUUUAAUCCUGUGGUGUACUGCUGGAGGAUCCGCAAGUUCCGUGAGGCCUGUGACGAAUUUGUGCCGAGGAGCUUCAGAAUGCCAAGGCUGAGGGCACGCGGUGGGCCCAGGGUUCGUCCCUGCAGCAUCUACGUCUGCGCUGAGAGCCAGUCAGCAAUGUGAAGCGACUUUUUCUAUGAUGCUACUCAGAUCUUUAGACAUACAGAAUCAUUCAUUCAUCUUCAGUAACCUCUUGAUCCUAGACAGGGUAACAGUGGACCUGGAGACUGUCCUUAGAGCACUAGGUGUGUUAAGGUGGAAACACAGCCUGUGGGACACAAGUACAUUGCAGUGCACACACAUUUACACUCAUCCAAACCUGGGAGCAAUUUAUCAUAGCCAAUCCACCUACCAAAAUGAUUUACAGUGGGCGACGGGAGGGAACGCACACAGACACAGGAAGACCAGUGUGCAGACAUAACUCGAACUCAGGAUUGGACCAGGAACCCUGGAGCAGUGAGAGACUACACACAAGAAGAUACUUCUAAUAUGAGCUGUUUAACUGUUUCUAAACAAAAAUUAAGCUGCUAGAGAUUCACCAUUGACCAUGUCUGGGUUAUCUAAAAGUAUCACAGUGCAAAGGUCAAGCUUUUCAUUUUGGACUUUUUUUUGGAAUAUUUAAUGUUUGAUGUGCUUUUGAAAAUCUGAACUUGUAAUUUUGAGCUUGGAAUUAUAUUUAUACCAGACUUACAGAUGUGUAACUUGACAAAAAAAUAUCAUACUGCUAUACUUGAAGAUAUAACAACAUUUUGGUUGAUAAAUCAUUCUAUUUCCUAAGCACCAACAAAACAAUGGAGCCACUUACAAAACAAACACCUAUACAGUUAAGUGUAAAAUGAUAUUUAAUGAACAGUAUCAGUAUUCUGAAUGCACGUUACCAGUUCAGACGUUUACAUAUCCCUUUUAAGGGUGAUCUGUUUUCUCAUUAGAUUUCUGCUAUUAUACAAGUAUACAGUGUAUGUACUUGUGGACCCUUUGCCUUUAAAAAAAAACCCACCAUUAAUACUAAACCUCAGUGUAAUAUGUGGUUCUGCAGAGCCAAGGAUCUUGCACAUUCUUCUUGACCUUGAUGUUUUAUCUCUCUGUUCGACGCACACACUGCCUACAUCAGGUCUGAUGAUCAGGAGACUGAGAGGCAUGGCACAACUUUCCCAUUAUUUAUGCCUUGUGUUUUUUGUUUUUUUUUUUUGGAUUGCUGUUUUCCAACACUUCCAUUUUUUUUUAUUAUUAUUACUAAAAGUCAGAUUAUAAAUAGAGGUACUUUUUCCUUUAAGAAAUCCAUUUAUUGCAUACAAACUUUGCCUUACAGCUAUAAGUUUAGACAUUUUGUUUUGAAAUCUUAAGGAAACCGAUAGGAUUACAUAUACCCCUGAUGAUGCUCAGGAUGUUAUUAUAUAGCGAUAUUGAUUCAUUGAUAUCAUACCCUCUUAUCGUCCAGCCCUAACCAAAUACACAUACAAGUGGGUAUAGAUGUAAUCUGAGGUAUCUUUGGCCUGCUGAUAAAACUGAGCCUUUAAAUGACUCUCUCUCUCUCUCUCUCUCUCUCUCUCUCUCUCUCACGACUCCACUCUGCUCUUAUUAAAGGAGAAAUCCACUCUGAAUGACUUGCAUAUUAAUCUUUCUAAUUAACCUGUGAUCUUCCAUAGUUUCAUACAUAAUAGAAUUCUGAGUUGGCCACCACCAUAAACAUCCAAAAAUUGCACAUAAUUACAUUUCAGGGUGGAGUUUUUCCUUUAAGGCUGCAACACACACGUAAAUAUUAGUUCAAAGUUGUGUACAAAAAAACUCACCAUUAACAUAAGCAGUCAUGUUUAUUAAAAUGGACAUCUUUACAUUUGUACAUUCCAACUACACGGCCAUCAAUUUACAAAGCGACAAACAAUUAUAAAUACAGUAUGUACACGAGGAGAUAUGCAUUUAGAAAAUACUCGAGUGGAUAGAAAGACGCAGGUGGAUUCAACCUGCAGUAUUUAGGGUCAGAGGGCUGUAGUCAGGUGUAUUCAUGAUCAGGGAGAGGAAUUUAGAGAGUUACAUGUAAGACCGGUUGCAUGAAGACAUUCAGGGU